AGGCGCGUCCGCGUGGCCUGGCUCAGGUAGGCGUGGAGACCCGCGCGCAUAGACUCGAAAUCCGGAACGACCAUUUGAUGGGAAGAAACAAACUCCAGCAUGAAAACAAAAGUGCCCAAACGAAGCAGAUAAUGACAACUUCUCGUCAGAAAGUUUCAGCGCCAGUUUGACAACAAGGAAGCUGGUCACUUUGUGAGGGUGUGAUCCCACAUCUUUUCAACUUGUCUCAGAGGAACCUUGUCAACCAAUGCCAUACUGUAGAUUUGGUGACCUCUGAAGACCCCUGUGUCUCAUCUUCUAUGGAGCCUGAUCAGGAUAUUACAGCGUGGCUGAACAGUCUGCACCUGCCCCAAUAUGCCUCCAGCUUUGCCCAGGCUGGCUACCGUUGCCUUAAGGACCUCAAGAGCCUAACUGAGGAGGAUCUUCUACAGGUGGACCAUAUUCCCACAGGACACCGACGGAGGAUCUUAAGCAGCCUUGAGACGCUGAUGGUGGAGGAAGCAAAUGGGAAUAAUAGUUAUGUGAAAGUACCAGUGAGGAGAAAGCCGAUCCCAAGGCCUAGACAAGUGUUUCCCAAGGAUAGGCAGAGAGGAACAUCUUGUCAGCAUUCCCAGGGCAGUAACAUCCAAAUGACUAGCCAAACUGUUCCUGCAAGGACUAUUGCUCACUCAGAGCGGAUGGCAAUUGGUUUUCAAACACUUCCUAGUGUAACAUGUCAUGCUGUUUCCUCCAGCUCUAGCUCAGCUUCUGAGCAUGGCAGCAGUGAAUCACUGGAGAACUUUUCAGAAGAUCUUAUUCCAGAUGAGAAUGAUGACUUUCCUUCAGAAGGAGCUUCUGUAUGGUUUCAAGGAGAAAUGGUUGAAAAUGAAAUCUAUGAGGAGUGCCCCCUCAUUGAGGUACCCUCUGAGCCGAGGUCCACCCGCUCCUUUAAGCUACGACACAGGCCUGUACCAGAGAUUCCUGAACAUCCCUUCAAACCUCCAUAUGACUGGAAUGAGGCAGAACACAACAACUCUGACCAUCUCACAAGGUCUGAGGGACCUGUCUGCCCCACAAGCAGUCAAGAAGCAUCUGUUCAAAGGACCUUGUCCCCCAUUGCCCCAUAUGGGGAGGUUUUUCUGUACAAUUCAGCGGAAAAUGAACUGGAUUUGGGCAAAGAUGUAAUGUCCAAUCAAGGAGUAAAUGAGAACCUGGAAGAGCAGACGUUUAGAAACAAGCAGACACGGACCAAAGAAAAAGCACACAAUAACAAGCAAGACCUUUCCAAGCAACAUGUUGAUAAUGAUGAUGGUUACUCCAUUGUCCAAGCGUCCACACCUAGUCAGCGAUUGGCUAAUGAAAGCUCUUCUAAUCAUCCUACACCCACGGCUCUUCUCUUGAGCACUGCACCGUCAGCUGUGGCGCAGCCACAAACAGUUGUGAAUGACAUAUACAGUAUGGUACUGGAUGACCUACCCCCUCAAAUAGAUGUUUCCAUUUCUCCGUACGCCUGCUUCUAUGGGACCCGUAACUCUGUCGUCAAAGCAGGCUGGCUGGACAAACUUUCCCCUCAAGGGAAUCGUGUCUUUCAGAGAAGAUGGGUGAAGUUUGAACGAGGAAAUCUCACUUACUACAACAGCGAUAAGGAGAUGUACUCGAAGGGCCUGAUUCCUAUUUCAGCAGUUAAACAAGUUCGCACUCUGGGUGAAAAUAAGUUUGAGGUGAUCACCUCUGUAAGAACCUUUGUGUUUCGGGCAGAGAAAGAAGGAGAACGUCAGGAUUGGCUAGAGGUUCUCCAGACUGCAGUGAGCUCCCAGUCCUCCAUUUCCCGUCAGCCUCGCAAAAAUAACACAAACAAGAGUGGCUACGUCGAGCUGCGCGGCCUCAAAGGAAGAGUCUACCUCAUCCUCAUGGGAACCAGCUUCAAACUCUGUAAAACAGACCAGGAUUUUAAUGCAGGGCUGGCUAUCGCUGCAGUGGACCUGACGGCUGCGUGUGUGAAACCGUUGGAGAGGAAAGGAUUUGAGAUCACUACGCCUUUCAAAUCCUUCUGUUUCACAGUGGAGUCGGAGCGUGAGCGAGAGGAGUGGAUAGAGGCAGUUCAGGAGUCCAUCGUAGAAACGUUGUGCAAUUACGAGGUACUGGAGAAGGUUUGGUUCAACGAGUCCAACAGAAAGUGUGCCGAUUGUCAAGCACCUGAGCCGGAAUGGGCCUCCAUCAACCUGUGUGUGGUCAUCUGCAAGAAUUGUGCUGGUGAGCAUCGACACCUGGGUCCUGGCAUCUCGAAGGUCCGCAGUAUGAAGCUAGACAGCAGCAUAUGGACCAACGAGCUCAUUGAGCUUUUUAUAGAGGUUGGGAAUAAAAAUUCGAACAGCUUCUGGGCAGCAAAUAUUCCCCCAGAGAAUGAGCUUUGCAAGCAGUCAUCGACGGAGCAGCACGCAUCCUUUAUUAGCAGGAAGUACAAAAAGAGGAAGUACAAGAAAGUUCUGGAAGGUCUAAACAGUCAGGAGGAACUCAACAAGGCCCUGUGUGCUGCUGUGGUUCACCCUGAUGUCCUGCAGACCAUGGCCCUUGUUUUCAGUGGGGCGGAUGUGAUGUGUGCGACGGGCGACCCUGAGUACUCCACUCCAUAUCUACUGGCUCAAAAAGCAAACCAGAGGCUGCAGAUGGAGUUCCUUUACCACAACAAGCUCUCAGAUUUUCCUAAGCUGGAAGCAGUACUUGACAGCGGUUUUACGGCUGAUGUUCCUUCUUUUAUGGAUGGCUUUCUGUACUGCUCUCUGAACGCCGGCAAGGGCACUCUGGAUAGGAAAGGAAGACCCGACAUGGUCCGUCGUUGGUGUACGUUGGAAGGUGGAUUUCUUAGUUACUAUGACAACGAGAAGAUCGCCACCCCCAUAGGUCGGAUUGACGUCAGCAACGUGGUGAGCCUGGCCAUCAGCAACAUUGAGAACAUCACCGAAACAGGGCCAGUGUUCACCUUUGAGUUGUACAUGCGCUCUCAGAGAGUGCUGGUGUUCGGAGCGGAGACCUCGGACACACACCAAGAUUGGACGCAUGCCAUCGCCAAGUGUUUUGUCCCCGCAAGGGCAGAUGCUCUGCUGAGGCAGGACAGUGAGCUUAUUGGCAGACUGUACUAUAAAGAGGGUCACGACCUUUAUCAUUGGCGAAUGGGAUGGUUUGCUCUGGUGGGCUCAGAACUCUACUUCUGUUCUGGAGAUGAAGAUGAAGAGGAGGGAGUUCUUCAACUCAAACGCCUACAGGAACUUACUGUGUCCACUCAUAUGGAGGGUGAUGAGAAGAUUCAGGUUUUACUCAUGGUUGAGCGAGGAAGAACUGUGUACGUACAUGGCAUAACCAAGCAGGACUUUGCUCUGUGGCACUCUUCCAUUCAGUUGGCAGCUAGGACGGACGGUAUGGCUCUCUGCAACCAGCAAAUGAAUAAAAAUGAUGUUCCUAUAAUUGUGGAUAGCUGCAUUGCUUUUGUCACCCAGUAUGGUUUGUGUUAUGAGGGAAUCUACCAGAAGAACGGUGACCCGGGGCGUGUGGCCCAGCUCCUGCAUGGGUUUACCAAGGAUGCUCGGGUUGUUAAGCUACGGGCUCAAGACCACCGGCUAGAGGAUGUCACAGACACACUCAAGAGCUUCCUGUCUCACAGUGAAGAUGCUUUAUUGGCUAAAGAGCUGUACCCUUUUUGGAUCUCUGCCCUUGAUGAACAGGACGAGAAGAUCAGAGUGCAGAAAUAUUCAUCCUACAUUCAGAGUUUACCAAAGGUCAACAGGUCAACUCUUGGUGCCCUGUUGCAGCAUUUGUACAGGAUCCAGAGGUGCUCGCACAUCAACCAGAUGAGCACGCAGAAGCUGGCAUGUGUUUUCUCCUCGUGCCUGUUUCAAACCGAGGGACACACGGCUCAGGAGACCCGCGUGGUGGAGGACCUCAUCAACAAUUACAUCCAGCUCUUCUCUGUCAAUGAAGAGCAGGUUAGGCAAAUGGAGAAAGAAAACAGCUUUAUCACCAGGUGGAAGGAUACCACAUUCUCUCCUGCUGGUGACCUGAUAUUUGAAGUCUACGUGGAAAAAAAGGAGCCAGAGAAGUGCUGUUUAAUCAAGGUGUCUCCCAGUAUGAGGUCAAAUGAGCUUGCCGUCUGCACUCUGGAGAUGAAGGGGAAGGAGGUCAAAGCUCAAGAUCUCUGGACCACUUUUGAGGUCAUUGAGAAUGGAGAGAUGGAGCGGCCCUUACACUACAAAGAAAGGAUUCUGGAGCAGGUAUUGGAGUGGAGCUCUCUGGAGGAUCCCAGCUCAGCCUUCCUGCUCAUUAAGAAAUACUCUGGUUCUAGAAUGACAGAUUCCAACUCAGAUAAGCUGAAAGAUUUCAUUAAAGGAGAGCAACUCAAAUUCAAAGAUGGUUCCUCCAAACUGCUAUUGGGGAAUAAGUUUCAGGACCGAUACCUGGUUCUACAAGACAAAAAACUGCUGUUAUACAAGGACAUAAAAAGUACCAAGCCAGAAAGAGAGGCUUCAUUAAAGUCAAUUAAAUGUUACUUAGGGCUACGAAGGAAGUUGAAACCAACAAGCAGUUGGGGAUUUACUGUUUAUACUGAAAAGCAGCAGUGGUAUUUCUGCUGUAAAGGGAAUGAUUCUCAGCAGGACUGGGUCACCUCCAUUAUCAGAGUGAAGCAUGAAGGUGACUUAUGGCCUAAAGACCUAAAGCAGAGUGCAUCAUUACCUUAUAACCUGAACAGAGGGAGAACAUCCACUUACGGCCCUGCACAGACCAGCACAGCCAAACACCAGAGAGAGGUUAAAGGGAAGUCAGUCCUCACUACAAGUAUAGAAGGUUCAAAUACACAAAACCAAAUGACCACAGAUGAGGGCAACCAACCAGACUCGAGGCAGAAAUUGACAAGCGGUGAAGGAACUCCAUGUGUCUCCAGGCAUGAAAUGGUGAUUGAUGACACACAUCAGUCUCAGCGAAGAGCAUCGCUUCAAAAAGACACCCAGCUAUCACCGAAUAAAGCCCCAUUGCCCAGCAGAGGUGUGCAGUUGCCUCAAAACCUCAUUAUGGAACUAAGUACUGUUCUCAACAAAACAGGACGUUCUCUGAACAAAGACAAUUAAGAGAGACAGAAAGACAGGAGUCUUGUCCAUUGCACUUUCCUUGUGCACGAGAAAAAUAAAACGGCAGAGUUGCAAUAUUAAAUUCAGUAAGGAAGUUAUUGGGCUCUUUGGAUCAAGUAUUUAACAUAAUAAUUAAAAUAUUGGAGGUAAAGACUUUUUCGUCAUAUCCCUUUAAUUCAGAACAAUGUAAUUCAGUAUUUUUGAACUUUUUUGAUUGCUUUUGGCUUUGCAUUGAAACCUGCAUUUCCCCUUUUCAUUUUCACACCUGUUUUAACUGUGCGUCAGAUUCACUUCAUUGCCAUUCAUAAAUCCUCUCCCGUACCCUCAUGAGAUAGUAAAGCAUCCAUUCAAUGCGAACUUCAGAAUCUUGGUAGAAGUAAUAGGUCAUUCGGGUACUUUUCACCUAUUGAAUACUAGCAAUAUACUAUGUAUUCUAUUCAGACACACUGUUGGCAUACUGUUUUUUUUGCAUACUACCGGUAUAAAGUAGUAUUCAAUCUUGGAUGCAGCGCUGGAGAUUUUAGAUGAGAUUGGACAUCAUUGUCUAGUUCUGUCUUUUUCAACCUCAGCUAGAACCCGCAUGACCCAUUACUUUGGAAGUGCUCAUUCAAUAGGCGCUUUACUAUCCAGUGAGGGGGGAUUUAAAGGGAUACUCCACUUUUUUUUGGAAAUAGGCCCAUUUUACA